AUGAAUACGGAAAAAGAUGCGAGAAGUGGCGGUGCGAAUACAGGAAGGACCCUGAGCAAUGCAACGACUUGCCUUGGUCGCGUCGUGCGACUACAAGUCGCCAUGAAAAUCGACCAAAUGGUACAAGACCUACCGCGAAUCGCCGCCGCGGGGGCCCUAAAGGUCCUCACUCUCAGCUACUCCGGCCCUUAUGCUUACCACACCGUCGAUCCGAUCGAGAAGAUCGCCGAGCUCAACAAUGCAAAGCCGCGAGACGACAACCAGCUGAUAAAGGCGCUUGCACACUUUCGGCAUCUCAAGAACCAGGAGCUCGACUUUGUGGGAAAAGCAGCCGCCUUGUCCGCCGCGGCCGUCGUCGGCGUCUUUUCCUGGCCGACGGCGGAAAAGACCAUCUGGGUGGCAAAGAUGCUGUGGAACUGGAGCUUCUUCACAUCGUGCUUCGCCCUCAUCAGCUCGGCCCAGCAGCGGCUCCUGCGGCGGCUGCCCGGUCCCGAAGACGACGACCUCGUCUUCCCCGACGAGCAGGUCCAGAUCGCGCUGAAUCUGCUACUGCAGCCCGUCCUCAAGGUGCCCGACGGGGGCAAGGAGAGGGGACGAAGGGUCGCCAUCGUGACAUUAUGCGGGUGCGCUCUGGUGGUUCUCAACUUUUUCUUCUGUGCAGGCGUCUGUCAGCUUCGCCUGCAGCCUGGCAAGGGCCACGGAGCUUCUGCCGACUCCUGGCUGCCGGGAGGCCAUUCCGGGCAUCCAGCUGCGUAA